AUGGCGCAUUUACAGUUUGUUGACGAAUUAGUUCGUGAAUAUCUAUUAUUUCGGGGUUUCACUUCGACUGUAAAAGCAUUUGAAAGCGACCUAAAGUCUGAUAAAGAUAAGGGUUUCAGAGUUGACAAAAUUGUUGACCAGGUUUUGCACUUUAUUAAUGUUUCCGAUCUUAAUGGGUUGAAGGAAUAUUGGACUCAUCUAGACAAUUUAGUUUUCGCCAAACUUGAAGUUCAUGUACAGCCUGGGGUUCGUAAAAUAGAAUACAGCUUGUACAAGCUUUACCUAGUCAUUGCAGCACAGAGUACAGGUGGUGUAAGGAAUGAAAAAGUUGCUGAAUUUUUUGCUAAAAUGUUGCCCGAGCUGCAAGGUCAAAGUGAAUGGAGAGAUUGGUAUAUGUUACCAUAUAUCACAAAGCCUGAAGAAAAUCCAUCAUUCAGUCUUUAUUUUACAAGAGGCUGGCAGGAUAGUGUGAUUGUUUCUCUUCAUAAUUUAUUAGCAACCGUGUUUCAAUGUAUGCCACAGCCUACACUUACUAGCUAUGAAAGUGAUGCGGCUCUUGUUAAAAGGUUGCAGGAAGAAAUCUCUUCAUUAAAGGGCAAGAGCCAACCAGCAAACGAUAAAGUCUCGCCGAGUGGACAUCAAUCGCGCCUCGCCCAGUAUUCAGAGCGUCUCAGUGGUCCGCUGCCACUUAUUGACGAUUUUUCUGCAAUACCUGCGGAACACUUAGAUUGUGGAUUACGAGAAGCAAAGGGUCUACGAGGUCUUCUGCGUCAAAUGGGCGGCAGUCCUGUUAUGAAUCGGAAAGCGGGCAGAUCUCAAAGUCAAAACUAA